AUAAAGGUUUAUGGCACUCAAGGAAGGAGGAAGUUUGUGUUUUGGUGUCAGGGUCAGUUCCUAGCAACGAAAGGCGAUUACAUUUAAAGACUAUGAGACGUGGAAGCUGAGCUGAACGCCGUUUUGAUCGUUUGAAUAUGAUUUUGAAAUAGGUAAUGUUAGCUGCCGGACGUAUAUUUUCUUAAUAAGGAUAGACCGUUUCACUGUUAAUUUGUUUUAGAUUUUAUGGCGACAGAGUUACCUUUGACAUUAGGCACGGCUUUCGCGGUAACUGCUGGUAUUUUCUGCCAAAAAAAAACUGCCUUGUGUUCUUAUCUCAUCUUCGCUUGAGUAAGUACAGCAGUGAGUCAUUUCUCCCGAUGCUAACAACGGUUUCGGUCCGUACAGCCAGGCGCUGUGAGCAACACACACACGGACACACCGGCCGGGACAAUUAGAACAAAAGAAGGACCGCGUGCGCUGAAGCAGUUCUAGAAGGCGCGCGCUACGUGUUCCGAACGAGGGCUCGUGACCGAGGGCGCCGCUCACACAGCGGAGGUUCUUCCAGCCCACAGAGGCGCGGCCCCCCACCCAGGUGUGAGCGGGUUUAAAACGCGCAGCCCGGGCCGUUGGCGGCGCUUCAAGUUUCUGCUGAACUCCGCGCGGUCGGCCGAGCGCUCACCGAUGACAUGUCUCUGGCCGAGCAGAGCGAGCAGUGGUUCCCCACCAGCGUGCAGGUAACGGUCUUCCAGGCGCGGAACCUCCGGGCCAAGGGCAAGAAUGGCACGAACGACGCGUACGCCAUCAUGCAGGUGGCCAAGGACAAGUUCUCGACGUCGGUGGCCGAGAAGAGCGUGGCGCCCGUGUGGAAGGAGGAGGCCACGUUCGAGCUGCCCCUCUUCCACGCGCGCGAGCCCGAGCGCCGCUGCACGCUCUACGUGAUCGUGAUGCACCGAGCCCUGGUGGGCCUGGACAAACUGCUGGGCCAGGCCGUGAUCAACCUGCAGGAGCUCCACGGAAACAAGUCCCGCAACAAGACCGAGUGGUUCAAGCUGUUGGACAAAAAUGGGAAGCCAGAUAAGGAUCGAGGUGAAGUUCUGCUGGACAUUCAGUUCAUGAGGAACAACAUGACAGCCAGCAUGUUUGACCUUUCCAUUAAGGACAAGCCUCGCUCGCGUGUCGGCAAAUUGAAGGACAAGAUCCGAGGCAAGAAGAAGGAUGGCUUCUCCGAUUCUGCCUCAGCUAUAGUGCCCUCUGUCACCCAGGUGAUGACUGACAGUGAUGAGGAAGGAAGUUCCCAAUCAGGUUCUCCUGGGACCAAAAAGAAAUCAAAGCUCAAGUUGCUGUUUGGCUCUAAAUCCAACUUGCAGCGCAAUAUCUCGCAGUCCAUGUCGACGCUGGGCACUCUCCCUGAGAAAAACUCCUCACUCAGUGGCAGUCGUUCAUCUGGCCUCAAUGUGGAAUCUCCUGAAGCAAAGAACAAAUUCAAGUUUCUCACUCACAAGCGCACUAGCAGCUCUGACAGCAAGACAUCGCUAGGUCCUUUCUCCUUACUGGGUCGUUCCAAGCAGGUCACCACUGAACAGAGUAACAUUUGCAUCAAUGGUAGCCAUGUAUAUGUUGAAGAGCCUGAACUGAAGGGGUCUACACUCAGCUUGGCCAGCUCAACCCAAGGCUCGCUGGAAGAUGUCCGCAGGAUUCCGGAAAGGAACCCCUCAGAUGCCUCUGUGGACUCACUCAAGGGCCUGAGCCUUCCCUCUUACCGUGCAGAAUCAAGACGGAAGGCCCUGCUGGAGAAAGACCUCAGACAGGUGGAGGAAGGGCAAAAUGUAGAAGUAGAGAAGUUAAAAGAAGAGCAUGUUCGACUAGAACAGACAAAGCAGGAAGAGGAAGAGAGGCAGAAGUUGGAAGAGCAGAAAAAGAAGCAAGAAGAAGAAAGAAUGCAGGAAGAAGCUAAGCGAGCUGAGGAGCGCAAGCAGCAGGAGGAGCUCAAGAGAAGAGAGGAACUGAAGCAGCAGGAAGAGCUCUCAAUGACUGGUAGGCUGACAUCAUUGUUGGGCAUUGGGAGAAGGAAGGAUGAGCAACCUGCUGUUUCCCAGGAGGAAAAGCAUGACUCAAAGGAGUUUGCUGAGGCAUCCCCAGCAUUUAGCUCAACUAACCCCUUUGAAGAGAUCCCACUUAGCCCAGACUCUCAGAAUCCUUUCUAUGAGAAUCCCCAGAAGGGGAUAACCAGCCCUCAAACGCCUUCCUCAGGCUUCCCUACCCGGACAGCAAAGGUGUCUGCUGUCAAGCCAAGAUUGGUCGUGUCUCUGAAGGCAGAAACUAAUCAGGGCCAGCUCCCUUCCCCACCUGCCAGCACAGAUCCCAGCAUCAAGUCCCCCUUCCCCUCUCCACCCUCCCUUGAUUCUCCUCUCUCUAGCACCCGUUCAGAAUCGCCUCUUAUGUUUUCCAACCUGCAUUCCUCCCUUGCUCCUCCAAAGGCCAGAAGAAGUUCAUCAGAUUCAUUCAAUGGAAGCGGUGAGAACUUAGCGGCUUUAGAGUCCCCUGUGGAUUUGACAGGGCAAAAGCGACGAGCACCCCUCCCUCCUGGACAAUUGGCUUCCUCCAAGCAUGAGAAUCCCCCACCCACAUAUAGAGGAGCUAUGUCGAUGUCAACCAAGACAGAAACAUCAGGUUCUGCUGCAGGAAAACCCAGUCCUGUGCCGAGAAGUUUGUCUGCCAAGACAGCUAUGACAAGUGGGUAUUUGUCCCCUGUGGCAGAGGUUGCAGGAACUGGACAUUCAGAAGAUCUUUCAUCUCAGCACAAACAACGGCCCCUGUUGCCACCUCCAGAUUAUGAUACAGUUUUUCCAAAGAGAAAACAUGGGGUGCAAGGUCAGUUUCAGUGGGAUAAGGUAGUGUCAGAGGUGAAUCUUAAACACAAGAAGUACAGUUCUGGUGAAUGUGAAAUGAGUGUGGACAGUCCUGACUUGAGCUUGCAAGCCACACAAGGCUUAGAGCAAGAUGGAAGAUCUGAACCUCUGGGUAGGAGGAUGGAAAACAAAAAUCCAGGCAGCAUCUCUAAGGAGAAAAGUGGAGCCAGUAACAAGCAGCCAAUUUCUCCUCCUAAACCCACAAAGGUAGCGCCACCAAAACAGACAAGUGAUCUAAGUGUAAAAGAAGGCCAAAACGUGAAAAUGACACAUCCUGUCAUGGAUAAGCCCGACCAGUUUGCUUCUAGAGUCUUUUCAGUAACCACGCCCAAGGUCCAAAACAGUGGUGUCCCAUUUUCUAAGCCCCAAGCUCUUGUGGAAAAUGAAAGUAAAGUAUUGAACACUUCUCUUGACGGCAUCAAUGGCAAAGAUUUGUUGUCAAAGGAAAUUCCAAAAUCCACAGAGGUGAGUGAAGAUUCUGUUUCUUCAAAUAAUACUUUUAAAGAAAUGCCACCUGUCAAGCCCAGACAGAAACUUUUGCCCAAAGAUCAUGUGAGGAACAUCCAGGAGGAGAAACUGGGCAUAUCUGUAGCUCUAAGUUCUACCCCUGAAGUGCAGGAUACCAAAGUAUUACAGAAAACACCUGAAAAGAAGGACCUCAGUAAGGCAAAUGGUUUGAAAGAUAGUAGUACAACUGUAACAAAAGAUACAGGAGUACUGGGUGCUGAAAAGGCAAUAAGUUCAUCUCACUUUUUUGCGAAGACACGUACUAUGCCAAAACAAGACUUUGUGAGGGUGGAAACUGCUGAGGUGUCUUUAAAAGAAGAGAAAUUGCUUGAACCGGAUCCAUUCCCCAGUGACGUUUUCCUUUCCAAUGAUCCUUGGGCCCUUCCUGUAGAGUCAGAGAGUGACUUGUUUGGUGGUGGGAAAAAGACAGAAAAAAUGCAUGAUACAAGGAUGACUGAAGACAUUGACAGGAUUUUUGGCAAGUGUGAUGCUGAACCAUUUGCCAAUUUUGAUUUUGGAGUCUCUGCUAAAGCCCCAGAGUCUUCUCAGCAUGGUCCUGUUCUCCAAAUGGAUAUUUCCCCUAAUAAAAAGGCUCCGAGGGCUGAUGAUGCACACGGAAUUCAGAAGAGUGACCUGGAUUUUCUGGGCCAGCAUUCUGGGCAGGACCUUAUGACACCUAUUUCAGCUGUAAGAGAGCCAAAUAUGGAGGUUGAUGUCCAGGAUCCAUUCAGUGUGGACCAGCAAGAUGGAGCAGUAUUUCAGAAUCAGAAUGAUCUGUUCUCCAGUGAAGCAGUCUCUUCAAUUGAGUCCCCAUUGGCUACUAUAGGAGAGGUCACUAAUGUUGGUUCUGGGGGGAAAUCUCUUCUGCAAGCCAGGGUUAUGCCCUCAGAGACCCGAUCGGUCACGGGACAGGGUAGCAAUGGACGAGGAGCAGUAGGGAAAACAGGGGAGCCAACCUCAACUCCUCGAAGACCCCACCCGGUGAAGCCCAUGAGCUCUAUGGAGAGCCAUCUCUCCACAGGUCCACUGCUAGGACGAGACAGCAAGCUGGUGGAGACCCACGAGCUCAACCCAGGGAAGACUAAGGUGACUAGCACAUCUGGGAGUGGUCCCUACUCCCAGCUGACACAGGAAGAGCUGGUCAUGCUGGUGGUGAAACAGCAGGCUGAACUGACCAAGAAGGACAACAAGAUCUUGGAGCUGGAGGAGUACAUAGAUAACUUGCUAGUGCGGGUUAUUGAGGAGAAGCCUAGUAUCCUCCAGUCCUUGAGUCCCAGCAAAAAGGCCUUCUAGAGACUGAGCUGUAGCACUUGGGAACUGGGAAAGUGCAGCAAAGGGCUUCGAUCUGAUGUUUUAUAUAGGGAUUUUGGAUCAUCCUGUGAAGAAGGUUUGUUACAAUCUCUCGCUUCCUACUGGAACUCUACACUAGAGCAUGUGCACUUUAUAUCUUAAGGUGUGUGAUUUUGCUGACCAUUGUAAAUGGUAGAAUGAAGGGGAAAAUGUUUGAAUACUAAUUAGAAGUAGCAGGUGUUCAAAAAUCAGAACAGAGUGAAAUACUUGAGCAGAUCUGUUCUGUGUGUGUGAGCUCUCCGAACUGAUUCUGGAACUCUUGUGCCAUGUUUAAGAUGAUGGUUAAGGGGAUUUCUUCUUUGACUACAUUACAUGUGUUUUUAAGAAAUCACUGCUGGCAUGCUAAACCUAAUUUUUCUCAUUUUACCUGUGAAGGAUUUUAUGAUGCUGUAUUUGCAUCAAAUUAUAUUAUUCCAUUGAAAGAAGGCUGCUGCUGCAUAAAUAUUUUUGGACUAAAAAGCUUAUCACUAAAUACAGAAAAUAUUUAAACACUGGAUGAAUGGGGUCUUUUAAUUUAUUACUUUUGAAUGCUGGUCUAAUUGUUAAGCCUGUGUGUAUAAAAAAAAAAAAAUUCACCCCCCCCCCCAUGCCUAAUCCUAUAUAGUGUCAAGGUCCUGGAGCUGCCAAAUGAAUGAGUUCUUCCAUCUGUAGUAACAUGAGAGGACUGUAUUACCUGAGCCUCUGCUACAUGGAAUACUAGAAGUCUGUUUUGGUUAUCUCCCAUCAGCUUCCGAACUUUUUCUGUGUCAUUGUGUUCUGCAUCUCAUUCAUUAUGUGGGCUCUCAAUUUUAUGGCACUUAUAUGCUUAGCUGUACUUGUGGCUAGUGUCCUUCAGUAUGUUCAGGCUAAGUAUGUCCCAGGCAUGUUUCUUAUUGCUUUGUGUAGCUCUGUAAUGGUUUAUGUAUUUUGACUGUCACACAAAUCAUGGAGGAAAAAGUGCAACUUUUAAUUCUCAGAACUUAAUGUAGAACACAAACAUGGCUGUUACUUCACAGUUGCAUUCUACAUCCUAGAUUGGUUUUGAACUAAUGUGCUCUCUGCCCUCAUGGGAAAUUUUUGUGUCUUCUCAUUGAAAUGUUCUAUUGUGCAAAAUUUUGUUUAGAUGCUGCCUUGCUGGUUAAUCAUAUACGUGCUGAAACUUUGCAACAGUGUUCUUAAACAUAAUGAAAAAGGACAGCUUUAGGAAACGGCAUUGGCUGGGGUUCAGUAAUCCGCUUAUGAAAUGGUUUUUCUUGAGGGAAUAGAUGAGUGAGAGCGGCAUAGUUUAAAUGAGGUUUAAGUGGGGUGUCAGAUGUCCUUUUCAAUAUACAUUACAGUGGACUGUUAUAGCAAUCAUUGGUUACAGUACAUGAAGCAAUACAAAUAUGAAGUGAUAUAAUUUGACUCCUUUGUUUUGGUUUCCAAUGUAUGUCUGUUUUAUUGACAGUGCUGUUUUGAUUCCCUCUAUCUUCCAAAACUCUGAGCUCAAAACUUGCAGGAAUUUACUGUAAUCUGCUGCAAAUAUGUUUAAAAAGUCUUAUUUUAAAGUUUGACAAAUUGGUAUCGCCUCUAUGGUGUGCCUUAUAGUGGAACUAAUCAUAGCAAUAAUGUCUAUAAUCACAUUUAAUCUUGACUGCUUUGGCAUUUGCUGUUUGACUGUUUGACUCGAUUGAAAAAGACACUUUGCUGUACCUAAUGUUAAUCCAGCUUGUGUCAAAGUACAUUAAUGUUGGAUUGAACUAGUUGCUUCUUUAUGGUUUCACUUAAUUUGGAAAAAUCUUGUUAAAUUAUCUGACUGUGUGGACUUGCCUUUAUAAGCAUUCUGAAACUUUUCCUUGGUAUAAUUAAUAAUAAAAGUAUGA